AUGCGGAUACGAGGCAGCGGGCAGCGCGGGCAUCGAGCCAACACCUGUGCAUGGACAUCAGGCAUUGGCUACUGUUGUAUAGUACGAGAGUACCAGAGGACGGGCCUCGCAAGCUGGUUGAGCCGACUCUCCCAGUUUCUGGGCCUCGCAACACUCCAGGGCUGGCCGCCCCCUGCCCCCUUGGCCAACUCCUACCUACCGUAA